CUCAAUUUGAGUAAAUGUUGCGCACGUAUGUACAUCCACAUGUACGUGCGAUACACUUACCGAAGGGACGCGUGGUGGAUAUAUGGACGCGGCUGUUAUACUCUCGGCGAAAGCCCGAUUAGAUAAGACUCGUGUUGACGCUCGAAGGACAGCCGGCCGCGGAUCUGAAAAAAUGCUGUUUGGUAAUUAAUUCUGUUGUCGUGUUUACGUGUUUUCGUUACAGAGCAGAGGGAAACCUCGUCUCCCCUUCCUCUCCAGCUAUCAUCGCCGACCCGGACUCGGCACAGGGCAUAUCUUACGUCACGUUACGUUACGUUACGUUGCGUCGCGUCGCUGUUGUUUGUACACGCGUCCCGCUGCUGAUCGCCGUGGCGCAAAGUGUUUUCCUCGUUACAGUUUCUCCUCGAUCAUCAUUUCUGCAUCCCUGCAAGUUACGUGACACUGUUUCAUCGAACGUCCGAUACGGGGUUCCGUCCCCAUUGGGUCGCCGGAACCCUGCAUUUGUAGGGUGAAAAGUUUGAGAGGAAUGAAAAGACGACGACGACCUUCCUAGACCUUCGUCGCGACGGAGAGACGAAGAGGAAAUCGAGCGUGUCGCGUCCAUCUCUGGAGAUGUAAGAAGGGGGAGGAGGGAUAGCUCCCGGCGAAACAACGACCCGCCGCAAGUAUCAGCGAUCUUCGGUCUCCGUCUCGAUCGUCGUUGUCGUUUUCGUCGUUGUGGUCUCGUUGCCGUAACACAUCGUAUAUUUACUCCGUACACCCGCGAUAUCGGGUACAAUGAUAUACAAACGCGUGCAUCGGUAUUUCUAUAUUUAGAGCAGGAGAUGUCGGAUGCUAGACGCAAGGGUCAACAGCAGCGGCGCCUCCGCUCCCCCUUCUUCUCGACGCCGGCAUAAUCGCGCUGCGGUCGAACGCCUCGACGAUUUUCUUGCGGGGCUUCCUGACGACUAGCGUCGUGCUCCGCAGGUGAACCGCGAGAACUCUCCCUCGGCCCCCGUCUUAACCGGGAUGCCGGAUGUCAUUGACGACGGGAACUUGGCGACCUCGGGGGGCGUCGGGGGAGGAAAACUAGUCGCUCGCUUAUCUCGACUCAGCGGCGGCAAAGUCUACACCGUAGAGUCCAGGAGCACAGAGGCCGCGAGCUAGGAGACCCGUACCUGCCAGUGGCAACGACGGCCGCGGCACCAUCAACAAGCCUCCUGUCACUCUGUAAUCUGCAUUGUGCCACGAAGGAGGAGGAGGAAGCGGUGGUGUCCGCUUUCCGUCCGCGUGUAUCCGUCAAUAAUAUUCAAAGUUUGAAGAGGUACGUGUCGAGGUGGUUGGUAGGGGGCUGGAGAAGCACCGACUUGGGACAAUAAUAGAUGUACGUACGACGCAAUGUGUAUGUACGCACUUGCCGCAGUUUGCGCGGAGCUGAUAGUCCGUGACGAGUGGACUAAUCGUCGGUUGGUCUGCGACCGGGGUGCGUGUCGUUAACGAAAUAUCGAUUCUAUCGGUCCGGCACUUUGCUCGGAUCGCGAGGGGUUGGCGCGUACCAACUUUAGGGUGCUUGUCUCUUCCUCGGGGAACGGGAACCGCGGGAUUAAGAAGAAGAGAAGAAGACCGAGGGGCAAGUGAACCGGGCGUCGGUUCGUCUUCCUUGUUCUUCUUUCCCCCCGUCACGCCUCGCGAAAUAUAUCGCGGAACAAAGCUGCGCUGGACGUGUGUAACAAAACGUUCAUAUAACGCGUACCAAUAAUCGCGUGUACGUUUAUCGUAAAUUGCGUUCUCGAUAGUUGUAGAACGUCGUACGUAAUACGCCGGUCUGCACCCGCUCUUCGUCUUCCAACAGCAACAGAUUUCCCCACCACGACGCCGGGAGUGACCGUUCGGUGACCACAGUAAAAUAAGGUCUUCGUAACGCCGUCGCGGAGUCCGGAGUCCGGAGUGAUACGCACUGGGUGCCGGGGGUUUCGUCGGCUCGAUCGCUUCGUCGAUUCGCGUUGUCUGCCGCGGUGCUCAGACUCGGUUGCGGAAGGUGUGGUAAUAAACGCGGGGUUCCUUUCCUCCUCGGUUUCGCCCCCCACCCCCCACUCGAGACCGCCCGGUACAGGUAUAAAAGGACUUAUCGAGCCCAAAGGCUCCGACAACAACGAUGCCGGGCGAAAGGACGAGAAGUCCUCGAGCAACGGGCAUCGCGUCGAUGUCCGUGGUGCUUCUGGCGCUUACGGUCCUUCUUCAGCUGCUGCUGGUCAACGAGAGCGAGGCCAGGCCCUCCCACAUGACGUUCAGACUCUGCUCCAGGAGCCUCAGCGACGCGCUGUACCUCGUCUGCAAGGAUAGCGGAUUCAACGAACCCUUCUCCUACUCGGGGGAGGACAACGACGAAGAGGACAGACGGCCCGUCCCCAGCACCGGGCCCCGAAGAUUGGGUCUGGUGCAGGAGUGCUGCCACCGGUACUGCAGCCUGGAACACCUGCAGCGUUACUGCAAACCCCUUCCUCAGACGACGAUGAGAGGAGAGGAUCCAGCCUCCCAGGGAAAUUCCAUUGGAUCGCAGCUACCUCAGACACCCUAUAAAAUAGUCAAUCUACCGUACUCUACGGUUAAGGAGAUGCCGAUCGCGAAAGAUCAGCUCGCCUCUAAUGCCGCUCGUCUACCGAGACGGAAACGGCGAAAAAACGCACGGCAGAAACAUGCAAAGGCCUGUUCUUGCCACGGGCCGAAACGCCGGAAACAACGAAUUCGCACGCGGUGGCGAAAGGUAUCCAGAGAAACGGUGAUUCCAUUGGUGCCAGCCUUCCAGGUCGGCACAACGUCGCCGGAACCGAUCGACUCGAUCGUUAUUUUCCCGUUCAAGUCCGAGCUCAGCCUCGGACGGAUCGACGGCCCCGUUCUGGGCCCAGAGAAGAGGGAUCAGCUUCGCCAAUCGCGAUGACCCGUCGAUAGUAGAGGGUUGCGGACUGCGGGGUGAUCAGGGACAAAGGAUCGUUGAAAACGGGAGUGACCCUUAAGCCGAAGGAUACUCAUGGCAUACGCAUACGAACAUUUGAACAUACAUAUCUGUAUUAGGGUGUGUCAUUAGAAUUACAUUAGGGCGAAAUUUUUUUUUUUUUUUGUUCGACACCCGAAAAGUCUUUAGUUCGCAUCUGAAAACAAAUCCUCGCGCAAGGGGAGCGCUGUCAACAAAUAUUUAGAGGUAAU